GUCUCUACCUUGCAACUUGCAAUGGUGCAGCACACGUUUUUGACGGCCAUUGCCCAACGCGAUCAGUUUUUGUACUUGCUUGUGUUCGCAUCUUUGGCCGUCUUUGUCAGCCUGGUGCCAGGCCUUGCUUCGACGACCGCUUGGUUGAUCCUUGCCAUUCGCCAGGCCAUGAUACAGUCGCAGGGCGAAGCCCUCCUAUUCUUUUCUCUAUCCCUCGUCUACUUCGCCAGUUUCGCCGCCGCCAGACCCUGGUCGAUGUGCGCUGGGCCCGUUCCAAAGGUCAUGGGCCAGAGAUCCCCUGGCGCUGGCCCCCCGUGCAGGAUCACGGCGGAGCCCACGAGAACCAGCGCCGCGAAGAUCACUCAGGCGUCCGCCAAGACACUCGAGCAGCGGGACGCGGACGCGCACCUGAUCAAGACAACCGACAGGGAGCGCCUGCCCUCCGAUGCCUCGACGUUCUCGAGGCUAGUUGGUGCAUGCGCCAGGCUGGGCAACGCUGAUCUGACGCUGGAUCUGUUCGACCACAUGUUGAAGAAUGGAGUCGGCUGCGACUGUCGGUCGAUAAACAGUGGCACCGCCGGCAAGUUCUUCAAGCUCGUGGCGCAGAACUUGGACGACAAGCGCCUGCAAAGAGACGGGAUUCAGCUCAUGCGGGCGGCCAUGGCUCUUGGUAUCUCGCCCUCCAGCCACGUCCAGAAUCAGGUCAUUCGCUCAUGGAGGAGCAAACUUCCUGACCACGUCGUGGAGGCCUUCUUGGGCCUGCGAGAGGAAGGCAUGCACUUCUGCGCGACCGCGUACCGCUGCAUCAUGGCCGCGCACGAGCGGACCGAGCCAGUGUUCACGCUGCAACUCUACGAUGAGGCGGUGGAGCUGGGUGUCAAGAUCGACCGCGUGGCGUUCAACGCAGUGCUGUGCGCCUGCUCACGCCUCGGCAUGACGAAACAGGCCUUGGAGCUAUUCGAGCGGAUGCCCGAGCUCGGGCUGGUCCCGAAUGGGAAGACCUACGGCUCUCUCAUCAGGGCCUGCACCGGCGGCAGGAAGAUCAAGCAGGCGUUUGAGCUCUUCGAGUCGAUGCGGGCGGCUAGCAUCGAACCCAACCGCUUCACCUUCCGCGACGCCAUCCACUGCUGCGUUAAGCUGGGGAAACUCGACGAGGCCUACGAUCUUUACAGGGAGAUGGCUGCGGCUGACGAAGUCUCUUGCAGCAGCACGCGUAUUCGCAUCUUGGAUGCAUGCCGUGAGAGCGUCCGCCUGUCAGUCGCAGAUCGCAUCCAGGCAGACAUUGGGCCCAUGGGGCUGGAGGACGUGGAGCGACGCUAUCCAAUUUCGUGGUCGGGGUUGACUCACACGGUGUCGCAGCGGGGUGGUAAGAGUAAAACAAUUGUGAACAAUGUGUUUGGUCAUUGCGAUCCUGGGCAGAUGAUGGCCAUCAUGGGCCCCUCGGGAUGCGGCAAGACCUCGUUGCUUGACCUAUUGGGCGGUCGCGUGGGCAGUGGGACCACAACGGGCGAUAUCUUAUACGGCUGUAAGCAGCAUCCUGCGAAUCUCCGUAAGAUCGUCAGCUACGUGACGCAGGAGGACUCGCUCCUCACGUGCUUCACUGUGCGCGAGACGCUGCGCUACGCCUCGUGGCUCGCCGAUGCUUCUUCGAACAGCAGAGAGCAGGUGAUCCAGGAAGUAAUUGAGCAGAUGGGACUGCUGGCCUGCGCCGAGACCCGAGUGGGAGACCCGCUGAUCAAGGGCAUCUCCGGAGGCCAGAAGCGCCGCCUCAGCAUCGCCAUCGAGCUGCUGCAUCGCUCCCCCAUCCUCUUGCUGGACGAGCCGACAUCGGGGCUGGACUCCACGGCCGCCAUGCAGGUGAUCGAGCAUUUGCGCGACGUCGCGAAGAAGGGCCACACGGUCGUCAUGAGCAUCCACCAGGCGAGCUCCAGGGCCUACGGCCUCUUCGACUCGUUGUGCCUGCUGUCGAAGGGCCAGCAGGUCUACUUCGGCCCCACGACCGACGUCGCCAUCGAGCACUUUGCCGCGCAUGGCCACGCGUGCCCGCGGUACUCCAACCCGGCGGAGUUUUUCCUGGAGGUCAUCAACACCGAUUUCGGCGCGGAGGGCGGCGGGGCGAGGCUGGAGGGCCUCGUCCGGGCGUUCGACGGGUCCGAGCUGGCGGCGUCGAUGCGGAAGGCCGCGGAGCGGCACGAGGCGCCGCAGCGCAUGAACUGGAAGAACCCGUACAUCUUCUGCGUGCGCCUGGCGAUGUACAUCGCGCUGGCGUUCAUGGUCGGGACAAUGUACUACGACGUGGGCGAGGUGGCCCGCAGGGACGAGCCCGUGGACGGAGCGGCUGCGGCCACGUCGCUCCUGGCGCUUCUGUUCUACGUUCAGGCGUUCCUUGUCUUCAUGUCCGUCGCGAUCCUCCCGUUCUUCCUGGAGAUCAGGGACGUCUUCCGGCGGGAGCGGGCGAACGGGCAGAUCACCUGUCUGCCGUACGUGCUCGCAGAUUUUCUCGCCGGACUUCCCGGCGUUACGCUCAUCGCUCUGAUCUCCACGAUGCUUGUCGUCUGGCUCGCUAACCUCAAUGGCUUUGGCCAGUUCUUCGCGAACUUGCUACUGUCCUUGAUUGUCGCCGAAUCCCUAAUGCAUGUGAUUGGCGCUGCCCAGCCACACUACAUCAUCGGCAUGGCGUUCGGGGCAGGCCUUUUCGGCAUGUUCAUGCUCUGCGAGGGAUUCAUGGUCAAGCCCCAGGACAUCCCAGACGGCUGGAUCUGGGGCUACUACCUUGCCUUCCACACUUAUUCCUUCGAGUGGUUUGUGCACAACCAGUUCGACGACGGGACCCGCAUCGGCGAGGCAAUCCUGAAGAGUUUCGACAUGGAGAACGUAGACCCGCUCCGGAAUGCUCUCAUCCUGUCGGCGUACGCGGUAGUCUUCCAGGCGGCUUAUUUCGCUGUCCUGAAGGUCUUCCACACAGGGAAGCGUUGA